CUAAGACACCUGUUAGUCAAACUCGUACGCAGCAGCUCCAAAGAUAACAGAGCAGCAAUCAUUGUCCCCUUCCAUGGCUGCCAACCGUCUGAGCUCUCUACCAAUCUUGAUCCUUACAUUUUCACUGCUUUCCUUGGUCAAAGGCCAGGAAGCUUCGGCUUCAGGGCAGUACCCUGUGGUGGUGAGCACAUGGCCCUUCGUAGAGGCUGUCAGAGCAGCAUGGAGGGCUGUGGAUAAUGGUUUCUCCGCCGUGGAUGCCGUCGUUGAGGGUUGCUCGGCUUGCGAGGAGCUCAGAUGUGAUGGUACAGUUGGGCCUGGUGGGAGUCCAGAUGAGAACGGAGAAACUACAAUCGAUGCUCUGGUCAUGGAUGGGGUGACGAUGGAGGUUGGAGCUGUUGCUGCCAUGAGGUAUGUAAGGGAAGGAAUCAAAGCUGCUAGGUUAGUGAUGCAGUAUACCGAACACACUUUGCUUGUCGGAGAGAAGGCGUCAGCCUUUGCAAUUUCAAUGGGUCUUCCAGGACCAACAAACCUUAGUUCAUCAGAAUCCAUUGAGAAGUGGACCAAAUGGAAAGAAAACGACUGCCAGCCUAAUUUUUGGAAAGAUGUCGUACCUGCUAAUAGUUGUGGCCCUUAUCAUGCAAAGGAUUCUCUAGGUCUUUCUCAUGGGCUGUGUUCCAAAACCACUAAUAUUAACCCAAGAUCAUCUCCCAUUGGUCGUCACAACCACGACACCAUAUCAAUGGCAGUUUUUGAUAAAAUGGGGAAAAUUGCCGUUGGUACCUCGACAAAUGGAGCCACAUUUAAGAUCCCAGGGAGGGUGGGUGAUGGGCCAAUUGCUGGAUCUUCUGCAUAUGCUGAUGAUGAAGUUGGUGCUUGUGGUGCAACCGGAGAUGGUGACGUCAUGAUGCGUUUCCUUCCAUGUUAUCAAGUUGUGGAGAGUAUGAGAUUAGGGAUGGAACCUAAACUCGCUGCCAAGGAUGCGAUGUCACGAAUAGCGAGAAAAUUCCCUGGUUUUGUUGGAGCUGUUUUCGCCAUCAAUAAGAAGGGCGUGCAUGCCGGUGCUUGCCACGGAUGGACAUUUCAGUACUCAGUGAGAAGCCCGGAGAUGGACGAUGUCAAGGUUUACACGGUGCUACCGUGACAAGGCUCCGCUUGUCAACAGCAGUCCUGUUAUUUCACCAUUUUAUUGUCUACGAAAUCUGUUGCAUUAGAGAAUGAAAACAACAUAUGCUGUUGCAUGCUAUUGAAUAUACUCCACUUGAUUGUAA